UUAAAAAAAAGUUUUGAUCUUAUUCGCAAAGGACCUCCCCAGCAGCAGCUCGCUCCAGCAGCAGCAGAGGAUAAGCCCCUAGCCCCCAUCCACUAAAGAGAACCUCCCGCUCGUCUGCUCCAAUCCAGCAAGGCAGGUAGUAGCCAUGGCGCCUCUGGCUCUCCGCCCCACCAUCUCGGCCACCGCCGCCUCCACGACGCUUGCGACCGUUGGCUCCCGCUGCCGCCACGCUGCCAACCCCCGCCGGCGCCCCACCAUCACCUGCAAGGCGGAGCCGAGCGGCGGCAACAGCACCCUGGAGCUGGCCGCGGGCGCCGCCGGGCUGGCGUCGAGCGCGACGGUGGCGUGGUCCCUGUACACGCUGAACACGACGGGCUGCGGCCUGCCCCCGGGCCCCGGCGGCGCCCUCGGCGCGGCGGAGGGGGUCAGCUACCUCGUCGUGGCGGCCCUGGUCGGGUGGUCGGUCACCACCAAGGCGCGCACGGGGUCGGGCCUCCCGGCCGGCCCCUACGGCCUCCUCGGCGCCGCCGAGGGCGUCGCCUACCUCACCGUCGCGGCCAUUGCCGUUGUCUUCGGCCUGCAGCUCUUCCAGCAAGGGUCCAUCCCGGGCCCGUUGCCGUCGGAGCAGUGCUUUGGCUGACCCUGUAUCUCAUCCCCUUCACCCUUUGCCGAUUGCAAAAUUCUGGUUGGGUGUUGCUGAGAGUGAGUGAGUGUAUGCGAUCUGUUUAAGUAUAUAUGCCUGUCCGUUGGUGAUUGUAGAUCUGUAGUUUUGAUUGGCUGCCGGCCUGCACAUCGAUUUGAUAACAGCUGAGAUACUCGAGCAUCAUCUCAAGGUGCAGAUCUGCCCUCUUGGAUUU